AGUCCCUGACGGGCACGGCCCUUUCCCCACUUCUCUCCGUCAUCAAGGAGAAAGGAAAACCCCUGUGUAACAGGUCGGACAGAAUUCGCAUCCUUCCAUGGCGCCUCGCACCAGAAGAUCGACCGCCAAGGAGAUCGAACCCCAGAACGAACGCAUGGAUCCAGAAGAUUCCGAUUACGAUGAAGAAAUCGCUCGCGUUUCCGACGAUUCUGAACUCUCGGACGAUUCGGAGGACGAUGACCCAUCUUUCGACGUCCGCGGGAAAGAAGCUUGUUUGCGACUAUCAAAUCUUUCUAUUAAAACAGCGAGAGACGACGAUUCCAUGAGCGAUGAGGAAGGACCGUGCUGUUCGGAGGUGGGCGUACCGCCGUUGGACGUGAACGAGGAGAAAUGCUUUGAGAGGGUUGAGAAGAUCAUUAAUGAUGGUGGGGUAGAUAAGCUAAAGGUUGACCAAUGCAAGAUAUACUUGAGAAAAUACGGAUUGAGGCUAACUGGCAAAAAGGAUGUACUCGUUGGUCGCAUCAAGGAGCAUCUUGAGGUCAAAGAUGGUGGUGGCCAGAAAUUGUACCCGAAAUCUAGCUUUGUGUUAAAUUGCAAAGGUGAUGCCUGUACAGGAGAUGUGGUGAUGUUUGAACAAAACGUUUAUGACAUGUUUAGCAUAGUGUCCAGGAGUGCCACGGCACCUCCAUGUGGAACCAGGCUUGUUGCUGGUCGCAUUGUUAAAGAAAGCUAUGGUGUAGCCAAGCAACAACACACAUUUACGAUUGAAGUCUUGUGGAGUGAAGGUGUGAAGCCACUUCCUGCUCUUCACCCACUGCUUAUCAAGGGGCGCAAUCUCUAUAAGCUCAAGACUAUGAGACAGAGGUGGCCCAAUGAAAUGGAGAGGAGCAGCGUCAUUCAAGAGAAGCACUUAAGGGGUUCUCGUGCCAGGUUCUCAAGAGAAGCCAGGGUGCAACUGAAGGAGAUGAGAAAAAAACUUGCCACAUCAAAGAGGACAAAGAAAUGGGGUGGUAUUACAAGCAAUCAACAGAAAAAUGUUCUGCCACGGUUAUUUCCAGAAAUAGUUCCAGCCGCUCCAGCUUUUACUAAAAAUGGACCAUUUCAAGGAAAUGCUUGGCUCGCCUCUCACAACAUGAACAGCCAAGGAGGGAUGCAACGACCACUUAGUGGUCCUCAGUAUGCUCUGCCCUCAGUUAACAGCCAAAUCCCACAACAUUCAUCAUGCCUUUCAUUCCUGCCCGAGUCUUCUGGGGCUGGCAUGUAUCACAUAGAUACUAACUUCAGGUCAAGGGCUAGUAACGUCCAACCUGCAGAGAACAUUCCCAACCUUUGCACUAACCAGCACUUUCCUUCCCACCACCAUCGCAAUCUCUGUGGAAAUGGUCAACAAAGACAGCCAUUAACCAGUUUGAACUCUUGCUCUCAACCAUGCAAUCAGCAACAAAUGAACAAACGACAGUUGUGUCGACAUUUUGUGCGUGGGAGCUGCUAUUUUGGAAACUCAUGCAAGUUUGUUCAUGACCGAAGAUGAAGAAGAGGUGGUCGUUCACAAGUGCCUGCCAUCCUAUAAGCUGGUGUAUUGGGGCCUUUGAUUUUGUUGGCCGAAAAACCUGUUGUAAUGCUUCUAUUUCAGCUUCCUUGCUCAAUCGAAAGUUAUCUGUUCUUGCUGAAUUCUUCCCAAAAUUUCCUUGCUUCA